AUGAAGUUCUCUUCUAUGCAUCUUGUCCUGGCCGCGGGCUAUAUGACACGCUGUGCAGAAGCUCUCGGCACGUUUAAACUCGACUUCACCAGAGAACGCCGCGCAGUUACCCAUCUGGGGAAGAGAGGAAAGGCAUUUGAGGUACCAUUGGUCGAGAGUUCGCUCUACUUGAUCAAUGUUACUGUUGGGAGUCCUCCACAGACUAUCUCCUUGAACGUGGACACUGGCUCGAGUAACACCUGGUUCCCCUCUGUCGACUCCAAUGCAUGUCAAGCUGCAAAUGGGUCAUGUGCCGAUGGCGUCGCUUUCGAUCCAAACGAGUCGUCAUCCCUCCGGUACCUGAGCAACGGCUCCUUCGCAGUCGCAUACGGCACGGGUCAGGCGACCGGAGACUAUAUCUCAGACAGUGUGAAAAUUGGGCCUGCCACAAUCAAUAACCUUACGCUGGGAUUGGCCGCCAAUCUGUCUGCACCCUUCGCAAACGGUCUGUUGGGCAUGGGUUAUGACAGUCUUGAAACCCUGGCCGCAAGUUCUGGCAUUCAGUUCCCCGGUGUCCUGACGAGGCUUAAGCAGGCGGGCGUCAUCGCAAGACGAGCCUUCAGCGUGUACCUGGAUGACCAAGAGGCUGGUGUUGGUAGCAUUCUCUUUGGUGGUAUCGACACUUCGAAGUACACGGGUGAUCUGGUCGCGGUGGCAAUCACCCCCAACGGGACAGGGGUCUACGAUCGGUAUCGCGUUGACCUCACCGCGGUCUCAUUCCUCGACAGUGCCGGCAAGUCGACCCUUCUCAGCCCUGCGAUUAUGUCUGCGCCCUGCGCAGUCGAUACGGGUGCGUCCUACAAUAUCCUCCCAGCUUCAAUCAGCCAGGCACUUGUGGAAGGCUUGGGUGCGGUCUCCUAUGCUGGAGUCUACUUUGUGGAUUGCGCACUUCGUGACAGCAAUACAAGCGUGCUGUUUCAGUUUGGUGGCCCGGGUGGGCCGAUCAUCAGAGUCCCCAUCAGCGAAAUGCUUGGUGUUCCGUUGGGAUUCACCUUCAACGAUGGCCGUAAUGGGUGUCAGCUGUACGUCGGUCAGGUGGACGACGCGGAACUUCAAUCGCUCCUGCUCGCUGGAUUCACGAUCGGCGACCCAGUCAUUCGUUCCGCAUACGUGGUGUACGAUGUGGACAACAACGAGAUCUAUCUCGCCCAAGCAGCAUUCAACAGGACGGGGAAGGGGAAGGUCCAGGAGAUCCCUGCGGGCUCGGGUCUCCCGAGCGUGACGUCGACUGCUACUGCGACUGCGUCCUCGUUCCCUACUUCCUUCCCUCCAUCCAUACUUUCUGAAAUCUCCGUGAGCCUGCUGUCGAACCAAACAGCGUCGUCUCCAGGGCUGACUGCUACCACGCAACUUCCGACCACGCCUACGUCGCCCUCUUUCGACAUCGCAGCAAUCACUGGAAGCGCGGCCACUACGACGUCAACUUCUUCAGCAGCAGCAAGCCGCAGCAGCUUUGACGCCGGCAUCAACACGAUCGCCGGUGCUAUCGUCCUGCUUUUCAUGCCAUGGAUCACCCUGAUCCUAUGA